AUGGAUGUAUAGAGUGACGUACUCUGACACUGAACCCCCCCCCUUUCCCCCCCUCUCUCUCUCCUCUCUCUAUCUAUCUCCUCUGUGCGUCGUCGUAUCAGACAUAGCCUGGCCGGGGAGGCGAGCUGCAGAGCGCACGUGAUGUCGGUAGCCUGCGCAUUCUCUCUCUUCCCAUCCCCUGAGGGAGGCCCCCCCUCUCUCUCUCCUCCCUCGGGAAGAAGCCUGCUUCGAACCAGGCCCACGCCACCAUGGCGCCCCCGGUGUUUCAACCAAGACGUCUAG